UUUGCUCGGGGCGCCGCAGGGCGCGCAGGUUCCUCAGGGAGCCCGAGGCUGCCGUCACGCCCGCUGCUGCUGGCUAGUCCCCCCCUCACUCCCCAGCCACCGGGUUGGAGCGGGAGUCACUCUCAGAGCCCUCGGGGAGGGCGCGCGCGUGCCCGGGAUGCCACGGGGAGCAAUAAAAGGCCCUGAGAGUCCGAGGCGAAGACGCGGAGACUGAGCCGGGAGGAAGAGGGCGGAGCGCGCGGGAGGCGCGGGAGCGGCACGCGGGGACGGCGCGGCGCGGGCGGCUCUCGGAGGCUCGCGCCCGCGCUCCCAGCGAUCACACGCGCUCACACGCAGCCUAGCUGGCGGCCGCCGCUCCCGGGCCACCCCGGAUCCCCCGGCACCGAGGGGACCUCCUGCGAGUGCAACACAGCCUGCGCACCCCUCGCCUCCUUUGCACUCGCCUUUGCCCCGCACCUCUGCGGGUCCUGCGGGAAGAUGGUUCACGAGCGGUGGAAGACCGUGGGCAGCGCGUCCCAACUUGAGGACCGACCGCGCGACAAACCGCAGCGAGCAAGCUGCAGUUACGUCCUGUGCACAGUGCUCCUGUCCCUGGCAGUGCUGCUUGCGGUGGCUGUCACCGGUGUGGUUCUCUUCCUGAACCAUGCCCACACACCAGGCACGGCACCCCCACCCAUCGUCAGCACAGGGGCUGCCGGGGCCAACAGUGCCCUGGUCACCGUGGAGAGGGCUGACAGCUCCCACCUCAGUCUCCUCAUCGACCCUCGAUGCCCUGACCUCAGCGACAGCUUCUCCCGCCUGGAAGGCAUCCAGGCCUCCAUCCUUCGGACACUGAGUGAGCACCAGGCCCAGCCGCGGCUGGACGGUGCCCCUGAGCUGCUGGACGCACUGGCUGACCAGCUGCCCCGGCUGCUGGCCCGGGCCUCUGAGCUGCAGGCUGAAUGUGCUGGGCUGCGUAAGGGGCACACCCUGCUGGGCCAGGGCCUCAGCACCCUGCAGAGUGAACAGGGUCGCCUCAUCCAGCUUCUCUCUGAGAGUCAAGGUCACAUGGCUCACCUGGUGAACUCAGUCAGUGACGUCCUGGAGGCUCUGCAGAGGGAGCGGGGGCUAGGCCGGCCCCGUGUCAAGGCUGACCUUCAGAGGGCACCUUCCCGGGGAGCCCGGCCUCGAGGCUGUGCCAAUGGCUCUCGGCCUCGGGACUGCCUGGAUGUUCUCCUGAGUGGACAGCAGGAUGAUGGUGUCUACUCUGUCUUCCCCACUCACUACCCAGCUGGCUUCCAGGUCUACUGUGACAUGCGCACUGAUGGCGGAGGUUGGACGGUGUUUCAGCGCCGGGAGGAUGGCUCUGUGAACUUUUUUCGAGGCUGGGAGGCUUACCGGGAGGGCUUCGGCAAGCUUACAGGGGAGCACUGGCUAGGGCUCAAGCGGAUCCAUGCCCUAACUACACAAGCAGCAUAUGAGCUUCACGUGGACCUAGAAGACUUUGACAAUGGCACCGCUUAUGCCCACUACGGGAGCUUUGGUGUAGGCUUGUUCUCUGUGGACCCUGAGGAAGAUGGAUACCCACUCACCGUGGCUGACUACUCCGGCACUGCAGGUGACUCCCUCCUGAAGCACAGCGGUAUGAGGUUUACCACCAAGGACCGGGACAGCGACCACUCGGAGAACAACUGUGCCGCCUUCUACCGAGGAGCCUGGUGGUACCGCAACUGCCACACAUCCAACCUCAACGGGCAGUACCUACGUGGCGCACAUGCCUCCUACGCGGAUGGUGUCGAGUGGUCCUCCUGGACAGGAUGGCAGUAUUCACUCAAGUUCUCAGAGAUGAAGAUCCGGCCGGUCCGUGAGGACCGCUAGACUGGCACGCUGCCCAACGCCAGUGUCCUCUGGUUAUGUCUAGUCCCCACACAUCUCAUCCCAUGCCCACUGCUGCAAGAACAUGCUCUGCCCACCUGUGCAUGGCUGGCCUGCUCUUUAUAGGGAUGGCCUAGGGCCAGCCCUGAAACUCAGCUCCCUGAGCCAGUGACACCCCUUCUAACCAGGUCCCUGUUUAUCAGGCGACAUAAUCUUUUAUUCCUACCAGCAGAGCUGGCACCUGGCAACCACAAAUCCCACCUUUCAAAGGUCCCUAUGCUUUGUCUGCUGCGUCCUGAUAGGGCAGCAUUUCCCACUCUUCCUGGCUUUGCAAAAACAUCCAGAAUAGGGGUCAGACAACACUCCGGCCUCCUCCAGCAGAUCAAAGUGGAAGGUUCAGACUUUCUUGCAUCUGACAUCUGCUUGCCCUAACCCUAAUCCCUCAGGGCCUGGAGACCCUACCUCUUAUCAGAGGACCUCAGACAGCUGCCACGGCUCUCACUUGUGGCCAACUGGGCCGUGGCAUAGCUGUCUACAGAGUCCCAAGGCCAAGAUCAGUUCCCUAGGCCACCCUUCCCUGGGUCUCGGCAGACUUGGGGUGGAGGGUUCUAUUCUCCUGGUUGCUUUCAAAGCUCAUCUGCUCUUUCCCACCUCAAACAAGGCUCACCUGCCCUCCUGCAGAGCAGCCAUUGGUCCUGCCCCACAUCACCUGCCUGUGGGGCAAGGGUGGGACUGGCCUAAGCCAGUGAGAACCUCCUGGGAUGAGGCUGUGCCAGGCUCUUGUGUUCUGCCAACCUCUAUGGACUGACUCUAGGAUUUUCUCAGAAGCCAGAGAGUUGAAGCCAGCCAGCCCUGGGAUUCAGCAUGGCCAAAGACUACCAUCUCUGCAGAGACGCUGCCCCCUGCUGGCUGUCACGGACACUGCCAUCAGGGCCUAACUGGGGGCAGGAGACAAAGCAUCAAGCAGGUUGGGCAUCUGGACAUUUCCUUGUCCGGCUUUCCCAGCACCUGUACAGGUGAUCUGCCAGGAAGGCAGGCUGCAGCCCUGCACUCAGCUGCCUGCUUGGCAGCUGAGAUGCUCUUGUGGGAACCUGACAGGGGCUUUCAAAGGACCGGAUGGUAAGAUGGCAGUGGUGGCCUCCUCUAUCUGGAGGCAGAGACCUAUGCCUCUUCUUUCUGCCAGACUUGUACCAAAGCCUGACCCCACUGACGAACUGUGUGACCUGCUCAGUCCCUCACAUUGGGCCUCAGGUCUUCAGCCAGGGGCUGUAGCACAUCUGUGAGAGUCAAAGCCGUCUUAGGUGAUGGACAAGGCUGGUUAUUGUCUCUAUGGUCCCCAGCUGGUGGCAGGAAACAUGGGUAGAGUAGCCAAGGUUCUGAUGGGACAAGGGAUACACAGGGAAGUCCCCUCCCAUUGCCUCUCUGUCCCCAACACCUGGCAGCUAGCUUCAUUGCAGAGGUGUGUGGGAGCCUAAACCCAUCCUGGCAGACACUACCCGCCCCCGAGGCUGAUGCUAAAGUGACUUCUGUUGCCAGCUGCCGCGUCAGCACCGCUCAGAAGUGCCGAGUGCUUUCUGAUGUGGUAUCAAACAAACCCUUUCCGAGUGAAGCAACGGAUUCACACAUUUGAGUGUGGGACAGGAGGGCUGUGGGCCAGGGCUGGGCUGCAGGACGCAGGAACUGAAGCUCAUCCCACCAGGGCAGCUGGUGGACAGGUGAGGGGUGACAUGCAUCCCUGUCUGGUCACAUUGGAAAUGACAGCCCUUCAGCCCAGCCACUGCCCCAGGAACACCAAGCUCUCUCCCAGGCCAGGCUGGUACUCUAGGGGGUGUGGUUUUGCCAAACACUGGCUGAAUGGGCAGGGACGAGUAGGGAGAGACCAGGUCAACAGUCCUUCACCUUCCUGGUGUGCACCUUCCAAGGGCAGGUGAGAGCAUUGUCCCUGGGAGCACAGUUCCUGCACACUGGGCCACAACCUUCUGGCUUGUGUUCAUUGGUCUGAUGUCUGUGUCGAUGGCUGCCACUGGUGAUCAGAGUGACUAUGGGAAACAGGAAUGCUGGGAAGCUUUUGGAGGGCAGGACAGGUCCACUGAGACAUGAUACUGUCAGCAGGCUGUGGUUCCUGACCCACCAGACCUCCUUUGGUUUGGCAAUGGAAUGACUAACCGGGGUGAGUCAAUGAUAUCACCUGGCAGAGCCACGCUGCUUGCUUUCUUGGGCAGAGUCUCCACACCCCACACUAGGGGCUUGUCACUAUGUCUGUCUCUACUUUGCAAAGCAUCAGAACUUCUUUCCAAGCCCAAGCUGGCUCUGUGGAUUCCACCAAAGGUCUCCCAGAUAGCUGUACCUGGGUAGUGGCCACCUAGCCAGCAUGCAGGGAGUGGCAUCUCCAGUUCCUGGCUCUUCUCUGCCCUCUCAUCCAUGUCACCCCAAGCUUCUAGGUGGAGAAUUGGCAUCUGUGGCCAUGAUCACUGCAGGUCUUAGCCCUAAUCAGCACUUCUGGAAGAGGGCAGGGCCUUGGAUGACCAGAAAGUCUAUGAGCAACAGUGUGAGCUUCCAACUUCAAAAAAGGUGACUUGACCCUGAGACGGGAGAUGCGGACGAGUCAGGGGUAAGAGCUAGGCUGCGGCUCCCCUGAGCCCUGUGAUCUGAGGAGCGACGUGCCAGCAGAAGUCCCAUGGAACCCAGAAGCAUGAUGAAACAACACGGACCCAGCGUCCAGGAGCCUCUCAGAGCCUCAGUUCCUUGUCUGCCUUUGGUGAAGGUUGCCUGAGGUUCUGAUGACCCAGCAACUGCAGGGAUCCAUAAAUCCAGAGGCCCAGAGUCAGGCUGCUGGGGAAUUGGGGGUGGGGGAGAGGUCCAACCUGAGGCUAUCUGUGCAGGUGUGCAUGCUGGUGGAUACAAUGGGAUCCUGGGGCUGGGAGCAGCUCUGAAGGUCAGUGCAGCACCCCCUGGGCAAAUAGUGUGGGGCAGUCGCUACUUGGGGCUGUGUGCCCUCGGUGUCUUGUAUAUCCCUGUCUUAAAUAAAGUAUCAUGGUGACCCAG